GUGUUCAGAACCGGAAUGAUUAAACAUUGAAGAUCCACCAGUUAAUUCUUAAAUAUUGUGUUUGAUAAUUUUAGAGAUAUAGUUUAUAGUUAAUUGUACGUUAAUACAAAGAACAAAGGUAGGAAACAAGACAAGCUCAUCGGAAAUCCCAGGGCUUCAUGAAUGCAACAUAAGUGAAAACCCAAUAAAUGAAUUCCCAGUUUUCUUUCAGCAAUAACAGCAAGUAAAUGCUAUUUUUUUUAUAUACACGACGGAUACUAUUAUAUGAAAAGAUUACAUAAAUGCACUUUUGUAAAUAUCGUGACAUUUAAAGCUCCAAAUUAGGAGUACAACAAGUUUACAUUCCGAACCACAACUUAAAGGUUUUGGAAUCCAAGAGACUGAUACAAAGAACCCAGAUAUACGGCAAAAAAUAUUCGAGAUCAUUCCAGAUGAUUCUGCUGCACAAAGAGGUUUCAAUGCCACUUUGCCUUUAAAACCCCUCUUUUAAAAAGAAAAAUGGACUCCAGGCACCAUCCUGUUAAUCAAUACACCACUUGUGCUGAAGGCUUGGAGGCGGAUUCCAUCCCUGCUCAUGGAAUCUCAGAGAGGGAAGAAAGCGCGACUGCAUCCCGUCCACCAGAAGCAGAGGAUCUUGACUGUUACAGCAUGAUGGAACCUCCUCCUCUAGACUGGAGGUCAGACUCUUCUAGUGAAGCUGGUUCUCCAGAAGAUCUGGUUGACUCCACGUUGCCUCAGUCUGCCUGCAGCUUGGGGAUUGAAGAUUUGGGAGAGUCGGGAUGUCAACCUAUGGAUGCAGGGCGAAAAAUGACUUCCUUUGACCCCAAAACAGAUUUUUUUCUUGGAAAUACAGCCGGCUCAGUACAGAAUAUAGAAGUAAAGUUAGAAAAGGAAUUGCAGGAGGAGGUUGCGGCUGAAGUUGUUGAGGACCAAGAAGAGAUGACAUCAAGAGAUGCUGAAAAGAAGGUGGACAAUGAUAAGACACAUGUUCUUAGCAGAAGGCCAGAUGAUGAAGACCACAAUCAUAUUCAUACUCUGCUGAGCCAUCUCCAAUUGAGGGAGAAAGAUUCCCACACUUCCCAUCAAAGCUCCUUUCAGCCUGAGCCUGGAGCUCGCACUUCCUUCAGAAGAAGAGAAGACGGUGCUGAAAGUAAAGGCCUUCUCUUCUCUGAAAGCCACCACACAGACUUGCUUGGCCUCUUGCAGUGCACAGAGAUUAAUGCAGAAUCCCGCUCAGUUUAUCGGUCGCACAGAGGGGAGGUGGAUGCUGUGGUUUCAGUUUCCUACAGCCAGGAGGAUGCUCAGAGGUUCUGGGGGCUUCACGGCAGCAGCCAACAUCCUCAGCAUCGGGAUGACUCCAUCAGCCCUCUGUCUGACUACAAUUACCCUGAGCCAGUAUGGAAGAAAAUGGGAGAGGAGCCCCCAGAGGACGAGGUGGAAGCAGAAAGUAAACAGAGUUCAGAUGAUCGUCCCUCGUAUAAGGAUGUUCCUGGUCCUUGUGACCCUGAGGACCUCCUGGAUGGAGUUAUAUUUGGUGCCAAGUAUCUGGGCUCUACUCAAAUCAAAUCCGAUAGAAACCCCUCAACAAACGCUCGCAUGGCCCAGGCUCAUGAGGCAGUGGACAGAAUUAAGGCUCCAGAAGGAGAGUCUCAGCCAAUGACCGAAGUGGAUCUGUUCAUCUCCACACAAAGAAUCAAAGUGCUAACUGCUGACACUCAGGAAGCCAUGAUGGACCAUGCUCUGCAGAUGAUCUCCUACAUCGCUGACAUCGGCAAAAUUGUGGUCCUGAUGGCACGAAGGAAGCAAAAAGGACAUGAGGGUGACUCCGCCUCCACAGGCUCACAGAAGAAAUGCACUAUGAUCUGUCACGUCUUCUCCUCAGAGGAUGCACAGAUCAUCGCUCAAGCUAUUGGACAGGCCUUUGGAGUGGCUUACCAGCAGUUCCUCCAGGCCAGUGGCAUCAAAGCCAGCGAUCUGAGGCCGGGCGAGUACAGCGACUACCUGGAAACUCAGGAGCUGUACAAUGGAGACCUGGCCCACUUCUCUGACUCCCAAAACCUUCGAGAUGUGGUCAUCACUAAGGCUCCUGGAGAGAUCUUAGGACUGGCGGUGGUGGAGUCGGGCUGGGGCUCCAUCUUGCCCACCGUCGUCGUGGCCAACCUCCUUCAUGGUGGCCCUGCGGAGCGCUGCGGCGAGCUCAGCAUCGGCGACCGGAUCAUGUCCGUUAACGGGACAAGCUUAGUUGGUCUGCCCAUCACCACCUGCCAGAACAUUAUCCGGGAUUUGAAAAGCCAAAAGUAUGUAAAGCUCAGCAUUGUCCAUUGCCCCCCAGUUACCAUGGCGAUCAUAAGGAGACCAGACCCCAAGUUUCAGCUGGGCUUUAGUGUGGAAGACGGCAUUAUCUGCAGUCUAAUGCGGGGGGGUAUUGCAGAAAGAGGAGGAAUCCGUGUCGGACACCGCAUCAUUGAAAUUAACGGACAGAGCGUCGUUGCAACUCCACAUGAGAAAAUCAUCCAGACCCUGACAAAUGCUGUUGGGGAGAUUCACCUAAAGACGAUGCCCGCCUCUACGUAUCGACUUCUAACAGGGCAAGAGCAGCCAGUCUUUCUUUGAGCACAAAAACUUAAGGAAUGGAGGAAAAAAAUGUAUUUUUAAUAAAUGUCAUGACUUUUUUAUAAACUGAGAGAAUAUGCAAAUUAGGUGUUACAUAUAACCACCAUGCGACAAGCAAGUCUAGUUCUUAACCUUUUCAGAUGUGAAGUGGAUUUUGUUAUAAAAGAAUUUUAAUAAGUCAAGGAUAGAUCACAGCUCUUUAUUUAUCUAUUUUUUAAAUCUAUAAUUUGUUGUAUAUUAAUAUAAACUUUUUUUUUAUAUCAUCAGUGUACAUUGAGGCGAGUAGUGCCUGGCAUUAGUGUAGGAUAAAGAUCUCUAGAAAAGGGCUGCUGUUCCUUUGUGCGGAUGGGUUAGUGUGAUGCAUUUCCUGAACUUGUGUGCAAAUCAAGAAAUGCCUAAAGCAGGAUUCAGAACCCACUUUGUGCCUGGUCAUGCCUGUUGCAAAACUGAUGUAAACAAAUAAAGUUAACUGCCUUAAUUAAAACAAAAACGUUUUGUU